UGUGUAUUCGGUGAGAACAUGGAUUGUGAUUGUUCGGUGUAUGGUAAUGGACAGUCGAACGCCAUCCUCUUCAACAUCCUCAGCCGAGGCGAGUCGACUCCGAAGAGGGUUCCUCAGACGUGCCACUGCGAGAAACGCAAGACGGUUUGUCUGAAGACUCCCGGCGAGACGUGUCAGACCGCUUCAGACGUGCUGGUGAAGACCGUGCACUUCAUGAAGAGCUUGCCGGCGUUCCAGCAGCUGCCACCUAAAGACCAGCUGUCUCUGCUGCAGAACUGCUGGGCUCCGCUCUUCAUUCUGGGUCUGGCUCAGGACCGGGUUCUCUUCGAGGUGCACGACUCUCCGGCGCCCAGCAUGCUGAAGAGAAUCCUGCUGAACGGCCGAGAGACGCCGAGCUCCGAUCCAGAGCAGCCCACGCUGGCCGGCGUGCAGACGCUUCGAGCCUGCCUCAAGAAGUUCUGGAGUCUGGAUUUAAGCCCCAAGGAGUACGCUUAUCUGAAAGGCACCGUGAUAUUCAAUCCAGACGUGCCGGGUCUGAAGGCAUCUCUGUUCAUCGAGGGUCUGCAGUAUGAAGCUCAGCACGCUCUGAAGGAGGUCCUGGUGCCUCUUCAUCCAGAGGAUCGAGGGCGGUUUGCUCGGAUCCUCCUCACCGCGUCCGCUUUAAAGACCAUCCCUCCGAGCCUCAUCACAGAGCUCUUCUUUCGGCCGGUCAUCGGUCAGGCAGAUCUGCUGGACUUGUUGAUCGACAUGCUUUUCUCGAGGUAGCGACCCAAAGACUCACGGGCUUUCCACAGAGCGUUAUCUUCUCCAGCGCUGGAUGAAAAUCACACUGCGUAAGGGUUACGUUUGAGAUAUCUGACAAGUUACAGACUUUCGCACAGCUUUAUUGUUUACACAGUUUAAUGAAAUUACUGCAGUAAUGGUAUUUAGGUCACCAGUAUGUGAUUUAUUGAUUGUUUCCUUCUUUUUUUUUUUUUGGAAGCACCUUUGUAGCAUUUUGUACAGGAUGAUCGUGAAA